AGGGCCUCUGAAGGCGUCAAGUUGUGAGGGAGGAGGUGCAUAAGUGUGAGUGAAAAUGAAGGGUGGUGGGAUGGGAGAGGAAACCUCAGGACGGCAGGUAAGCCGUUUCGUUCCCUCGACAGCCACGCAAGCAGACACGCUUGCCCGCAGGCGUAUCCCUCUUCCAGGAAACAGCUGCGGCAGUGGUAGCGGUGGCUUGCCAACCCAAGUGGAAGGAAGGAAGCAAGCAAGCAAGAAAGCACUGCACACAAGCAAACCUACCUCGUCACUACUCUGCCUCUCCACCUCACACUUAUCUGUCUAUCUACCCAUGCGCAGCAAUCUUGUCUCUCCACUCACUCACCAUAUAGCACCCGCCCACCUGACACCAGACGAUCAAUCCAGCACCAGAGGUAUGGACGGAGAGACAGGGAAGCGUCUCCCAGCCCCUCGGCCCAUCGCCAUAUACUCUGACGACACCGCUGUCCCUCCCAAGUGUCCCACCCCAGCACAGCCAGACAGACAAACACAGAUCAGAUCGGCCGUACGUGUGCGUGUGCGUGAGAGCGAGCCGAGGCAACGAGAGAAGGAGUGGACAGGCACCCAUGACCGUCGAGCAGACGACAGACAGCGAGGAGCACAACAAGCAAUGAAACGGGAACGCAGCGAUGCGGCCGCAGGCCAGGCCCGUAUGGACAGGGCAGAGAACGUGUACGCGAGUAGGACGAGAGGCGCGGUGUUCCAGGCAGGCGUGCGUGCGUGCGAACGUGCAUGGUGA